UGAGCCAAUUCAAGAUUACAAAGAGAGAUGGGGUUUGUCAUUUUGUUUUCAGUUUUAGUCUUAAGUUCGUAUUCCUACCCUUAUAUGUUAACUUAUUUGCUGAAUUAUAUGUUUUGAAAAGAAGAAUGGAGUUGUAUGCUCUCAAAGUGGUGAUAAUUCCAAUAAAUAGAUCAAAAAAGAAAGGGGAGGAGCUAUGCACUCCAACUGUUUGACGAAAUGCUUGAAAGAGCCAUCUCACCUAAGUCAGACCUUAUAACAUCACCUGACGUACACAUGACUGUGAAUUUAUGGCCCUCACUAGAAAUUUACUCUUUUGCAGUUUUUUACCUGCCUAGCUAAUGAAUAUGAAAGAAGGCAUAUGUCAGCUUCCUCUAUUGCAAGACAUUAAAGUGCUUGGGUCAAUUUGUUCAGAACUUUCAAAGCCUAACAAAAAGUCAGUUCAUGGGCUUAUCAAGAUAUUCUCUAGCUUUGAGAGCUGCAUAAGGCUAAUGAUUAAAAAAAGAAAAGAUGCUUGUUGUUUGGAUAUGGAGCCAUGGAAGAACUUGGACCCUUCCGUGUUAACAGUGAUGGAAAAACACUCUACCCCAACCACUAUGCAUGGAACAAUGGUAACAAAAAUUCCUUUAAUUACUAUGUCUCAUUCACAUCACUUAUAAUCUUAGUCCCUGUCUUGCUGGUGCA